AUGGAUCAUAUGAAACGCAAAUUAAGUUUUAAUGAAUUAUCUGAAGAAAAUACAAAGAAAUUACGAAAUGAGUUGUUAGAUGAAUUAAUAAUUUCUUCUAUUGAAAGUUUAUCGAAUGAAUUAUUCUAUGAAAUGUUCGAUUAUCUGGAUGGUAUUGAAAUAUAUCAAGCAUUUUCAAAUCUUAAUUAUCGUUUUCAACAACUUCUUACAUCUUCAUCUAUUCUAUUUAAAAUUGAUCUUAAUCAUAUAACAUCGAAAGAAAUAUUUAUGAUUAAUUAUAAACAAAUUAAACAUCAAAUAUAUUCAAUUUAUUUUCAAUACCCAGUCAAUAUUAAUCAAUUAUUAAUAUCGUUUACUAUCGAUUCUUCAUUUAAUCGUCUUGAAUCACUUGUUAUUGAAGAUAUUCAAUCAGAUAAACUUAUUUCAUUUCUUAUUAAUUUAAAUUCGUUACCACAACUUUUCUCAUUAAAUAUCAGAACAAUACAUACAAUUGAAGAUCUAAAUAAUAUUUAUCGAUUAAUUUUUGCAUUACCUAAAUUAAAAUAUAACAAACUCUAUUUAUAUGGAAAUGAAUGUUCAAUUUCAAUUCCAAUGGCUAUUGAAAAACAAUUUAGUACUAUUGAAUAUCUUCAUAUUGCUCAUUGGUAUACAUUCGAUGAACUUUUUGCUUUAAUUUCUUAUACACCACAACUUCGUCAUCUGAAUCUUUCACAUGCAAAUCAAAAUGAUUCAGCUAUUGAAACCAUGUUACCAUUUACUUUUGAUAAUUUGACAUAUAUUAAGAUGUAUACAAACUAUAUUAACUUUGAUGAAUUUGAAAUAUUUAUUAAAAAUAUAUAUUCGAAAUUAAAAGUUUUAUAUGUUACUUUUUUAUAUCAAGAUAUAACUUUUCUUUAUGCUUAUCGAUGGGAACAAUUAAUUUUACGAUAUUUAUCUCAAUUAGAAAAAUUUUCUUUAAAAUAUUAUGAAUAUAAAUAUUCAAUAUAUUCUGGAGAACGAAAUCAAUUCAUUUCAUCAUUUUGGAUUGAACGAAAAUUGAUAUUUAAUGUUGAAAUUAAUGAAAAUAAUAUUCUUUAUUUAGUUUGUCCAUACAAAAAAAAAUGGUAUGAAUAUAAUAAUUCUACUGUUGAAUAUUUAACAUCUACUCAAUUGACUAUCAAAUACGUCUUUUAUUAUGAAGCUGCUAACGACCUAUUUAUCUAUACUAAACGUAUUUUAAAUAUAGUACAAAUUUAUCAUUUGGAUAUUGAACAAAAAAUUUCUAUUGGUAGAUUAAUGCAAAUUAUACAUUUAUUACCAGAUCUUAUUACAUUAAAAAUGAAUUCUUUAACAUGUCAUCAAUCAAGAAUAAAUAAAGAAUUUCCUACAUGUUCAUUAGAACAUGCAAGUAAAAUUAAAAAAGUUUAUUUGGAAAAGACACAAGCGAUUCAAGAAAUUUAUUUUCUUCUUAAUAUUUGUCCACAUAUGGAAUUUCUUAAUAUCGAAUCUAUUAAGAGUAUGACUAUUGAAUUAUUUGUACGAAAUAUUUUAAAUAAAAUUAAUAAAGAUCAUCAUAAAGAUCUUCGUUUAUUAUGUAUUUAUGUUUCAAAAGCAGAUGAUAAUAUGAUUAAAAGUUUAAACAAAAUGAUUGAUAAUGAAAAAAUUUUAUCGAAUUACACAAUUCAUCAUGAACUUGAUAAUAUCUAUUUACAAUGGAAAUGA